AUGUCUUGGCAAGCUUACACCGAUAACCUCGUUGCGACAGGUAAAAUUGACAAAGCCGCAUUAUAUUCAAGAGCGGGUGAUUCCUUAUGGGCGCAAUCUAACAACUUCCAAUUGAAUGCUAACGAGAUUUCUGAGAUUGCCAAGGGUUACGAUGAUCCAUCCAAUUUGCAAAGUCACGGUUUACAUGUCCUCAAUCAAAAGUACUUCUUAUUAAGAGCUGAUGACAGAUCGAUUUACGGUAAACAUGAAGCUGAAGGUGUCGUUGCAGUAAGAACUAAGCAGGCUAUCUUGAUAGCACAUUACCCUUCAGGAGUUGUUGCUGGAGAUGCAACCUCGGUAGUUGAAAAACUUGCUGAUUACUUGAUUAGUGUUGGAUACUAG